CUCUGGCACCACCCACGAUACCAAAAUGCUUUUCCUGUUCCCGUCAUGCGGACCAAUGACAGCAGGGCUUUUGAUAGGGAACCCUCUGCCGUUUUGAAAGGUUUUACAUACCACUGUUUGGCGCGUAGAUUUGAAGAUGGAGUUGGACGCCUUGGAGUUAUUGAAAUUAAGAGAUGUUCCGAAAGCUUGGGUGGACGCAGUAUGGGAAGCGGAAUUCUGUGACGCUGAAAAACUGGACUCUGUUAUUGAGGAAAAAAUAACAGAGGGAGGAAUACAUGUCUUCAAAACUGUACAGACUCAACUGCUUCCGUUUUCAAAUGACAUCACAGAAAAUACACAGAAUGUCUGGGUCUUGAUGAAAGAAAAUGAAAUCUCUGUCAAAGCUCUUGUGGCAGUAAUUUCCCAUUUCAUCUUUGAGGGAAAGUCAAAAACCUCUAAUGUAGAGGAGAAGCUUCAUGCGUUGCAAGCAGCCUCACUUUAUCUGCUGCUUUUGAGGAUUCCUGGUAGUGUAGCCAAUCAAGUUUUUCACCAAAUUCUGUUUGAGAGCUCCCUUGGACUCAUCCAGAAGUGUUGGCCAAAGGACUCCUCUGGAAAGAAGCGCAAGAAAGACCCCCCAAGUAACUCCCAAGGCAAAUCAAAGGGACGGAAACGUGCCAAGUCUCAAACAAAGAACCAAAAUGAGAUGGAUGAUGAGGACGAAGAGAAUGAUGAUAUGGACAUGGAAACCUCGUUUUCUGCUCGAGAGCUGUUGCAAAUACGAAACGAAAUCGAAUCUCUGGUGAAAACUUUGCUUCACCUCCUGAAGAAUGGUUCUCUUCAGUGCAGGCCCGAGUGUGUCACUGAGUGUGUGCAGAUUUUGACUGAGCUCACUCAUUUUGAGGCAGCUGUUGAAGAGAUCUCAUUUUCAGAUUCAGUGGGAAUCAACCGCAUGAAGACCCUGCCAGAGCUGGCCUAUCAUGGACUGUGGAUUCUCUGCUCCAGCCGUGCAGCUGGAGACACGUGUCUGAGGUCAGUGUUCGGCCGGCUUCUCUACGUAAUUCUCAUGAUGAGCAAAGAUGACAUGCGCUCCAAGCCGACCCUGCUUUUGCAGUCGCAGGUGGUUCUUGCUGCCAGGGAUCAGGCCCUCCGUUUUGUCAGCCAUGUUGUUGAUGAGCUGAAGGAUGCUGCCAUGCCAGUGCUCUACAUCUUGGCUCAGCACAUUUGUGACAAGAUGGUGGAGAAAGUGGACUACCGAACCAAAGGAGCCCAAGCUGUGGGGCAGCUGGUGGCUAAGAUGCCUCCAGCCAAGCGUGCCAAUUUCAUCCAGUGGCUGUACAGCUACUCUCUGAAACCACAGAUCCCAUAUCGGCUGUUUGCGCUGGACGUUGUCAUGGUGCUGCUGGAGGAGGUAGACGACGAGGAGGUGUCUGAGCAGGAGGAGGCGCCCCAGGAGGAGGGACGGUCGGAGUUCCUGACACGCCGCUUCCUGGUGCAGACGCUGGUGUUUGGCCGCAGCUGUGACGUGUCGCCCACCGUCCGGGCUCACGCUCUGCACUGUCUCUCCCGCUGCCUGGACAUGCAGUCCCAGAACACCACCCGAUAUGUACAGGAGCUCUUCCAAGCCACUGGUGUGGAGACCAGGAGCCUCUUGGAGAUGGAGGGAAGUGAAGGCACUGUGAACACCCACUAUGGCGUCUCCACCUUCAGGACAAUUCAAAACACCAAUGUCAACACGGCAAUUGGCGAUAGCUCUACUCCCUUAGCUCGGGACACCUUGGAUCUGUUAAAGCAGCGUGUGUCAGAUGCCAAGACUAACGUCAGAAAAGCUGCUUUGGAGGCCAUUACAGGUUUGCUGAAGCACAGCGUGAUCGCAUGCAAUAAGGAGCACAUGGCCCUGCUGUCUGAGCGUUGUAGAGACUCCUCCAUCAUGGUGAAGAAGAAGGCCAUGCAGUCUCUGACUGACCUGCUCAUUGCGUGUCCGGAGCGUAAGCUGGUGCUGGUGGCCUGGCUGCGUGGUGUGGUGGUGUCGGUGAUGGACACGGAGACGUCUGUGCAGGACAAGGCCCUGGAGCUGCUGGACCUCAUCAUCCUGCAGCACAUCAAGGAGCCGCGCCACUUCGCUGACACUGCCCAGAGGCUGGCCUGGGACCUGCUGAGUCUCAUGUGUGACGAGUGUGCUGACCUCGGAUGUUACUUCCGCAAAGCCUUCCGCAUUUGGUCCCGACAGAACAAGUUCUCCUCUGGGUUUGUGAACACGCUCAUCAAGCACACGGAGACGGAGCACGCCUCUGUUGCCUGGAUGCUGCUGUCCAAAGUGUCCGGCGGAGCCUCUGGCCUCCACUUGGAGACUAUCCUGAACAAAUGGGACGACAUGCUUGCGAGUAAGGAGGUGAGGGGAGACACCACUUGCCACAUCCUGACCGUGAUUGGCCUCAUUGCUGAACACAUUAAUGAUGUCACCAGGGAGAGGAUUGUGGAGGAGGUGAAAGCAUUGCUGGGCAGCUGUGUGAUGCCCACUGAUGUCAUUCAUGCCGGGGUGGAGGCACUGAGCAGGCUGGGCCGUGCUGAACAUAAAGAGGUGCCUGCAUUCCAGGCCUUUAUGAAUAAGCACUGUGGUGAGCUUGUAGCCAUCUGUCAAAAGUAUUUAUCCAGCGUCGUUCUGAAAGUCAAAGCAGCAGAGAACAUUGAUACAGAUAUUGUGGUGAGGCACCUGUACACGCUGGGGAUGGCGUCCCUGCACUGCCCUGAGCGAGUGGGGGAGCGGAACUUUGCUCUCGUGCUCUCCUUCCUCACCUCGGCGGUGGAGCUACAGCCAGAUGGCGCUACAGAGCUGCCUGGUAGUCAGCCGCUGUCUCAGUUCAAACUGACCCCCAUGCCGUCUGUGGUGCGAGCUCAUGCGGUCAUUACCUUAGGCCAGCUGUGUCUCCAGCAUGAGCAGCUGGCCCACCGCUGCCUGCCAGCCUUCGCCCGUGAGCUGGAGGUGGGCCAGCACAUGACGGUCCGGAGCAAUGUGGUGGUGGUGCUGUGUGACUUGUGCGUGCGCUACACCAACAUGGCCACCCUCUACGUCCCCAACAUCUCCGCCUGCCUUGCUGACCCCGUGUCUGAGGUCCGGGAAAAGACCCUCAUCAUGCUCACCAACCUGCUACAGGAAGAGUUUCUUAAGUGGAAGGACUCUCUCUUCUUCCGCUAUGCAUCGGUACUUGCUGAUCCUGUCCAUGAGAUUGUGAGUCUGUGUGAGUACUGUUUGGUGGAUCGGCUUCUGAAGAAAAACCCACAGAUGUUCUAUCAGCACUUUGUUGAGUGCAUUGUCCACUUUAACUCCUAUGACAAGCACAGCAAAUACAACAAGUUCCCCCAGACUGAAAGAGAGAAGGCUCUGUUCUCACUCAAGGGACAGUUAAAACAAGGCAAGCGAUUCAGAAUCUACAAGUUCCUGUUGAAGCACUUUACUGAUGAACAGCGCUUCAACACCACAAACAGAAUCAGCAAGGAGAUCCUGGCUGGUUUUGUGGACCAGACGUUGCCCCUAGAUGAGGACGGCGCCGCGUUGCUGUCUGAUUCUUUUGACGUUUUGAGUUUGAAGGAGCUGAAGCUGUCUGCCUCCACUGCAGCAGAGGGUGCUGAUGAGCCUCAAGACGAGCAGGCCAUGAUGGUCAAGACCAUGCAGAAGAAGCUCAUCUCACAUGCCCAGAAGAAGAACUUCAUGGAGAACGUCAUUCCCAUUGUGCUGGGGCUUAAGAACUUGCUGGAGGAGAAGCGUUCACCCGUGCUGGGCAACCUAAUGCGCUAUCUACGGGUGAUCACAGAGGACUACCGGGCCGAGCUGAAGGAGCUGUUUGCAGCAGACGCGCAGCUUGCUGAGGAGCUGGAGUUCGGUCUGAAGCAGUACCAGAAGCAGCAGGAGGACGACGAGCUGGAGCUGCAGCUGCAGCGCCUCAACUUCAGCAGGAACACCCCGCAGCCUGCAAACCGUAAAAGUCAUCGUGGCCCACGUGCCUCAGCACCGUCUGGUGAAGGCUUCACUCCUGUUCUCACUCCUGCCUCUGUUCCAUCCAGCAUCAAACCCAUUGCUCCACCAAGGCGUUUUGAGGGUAGGGAGACCAGUGAUGCACAGCUGUCAGCCAACACGUCUGUUUCAACAGUAGAGCACAGAGAUGUUGGAAGAGCCAUCAGCACUCCACAAGUGGGCUUGCAUGAGUUGACAUUUGGUGGAUGUGUCAGUGCCAUCAGAUAUCGCAAAGCUCCAGCGAGACACCAAGAAGAAGAGAGUGAUGUCUUCCAUGUGACUCUUGGGGAAGAGACCCCAAAGCAAUGGAAUAUCCAGUCACCUCUGCGGAAAACCCCCAUUCGUUAAACUAAAUAAACCCUGUCAUCCUACAAUGUCUUAUAUCCCUGGCUCUCAGAUAUAAAUGUCUUGUUUUGUCUUCUAUGUAUUUUGAUUGUACACUUUCAUCUGAAUAAACUAUUUACUCUUUUAAAA